AUGGCGACACCAGAGGGAGAUGUUGUGGACCAAGAAAUCGUCCCGCAGAUUCGUAUAGCUUCUUCGAUAUCGCCCAAUCUGCAACAACAAUUGUCAGCAAUUCAACGAUUGGCGCGACAAGUUUUCGAGCCGGAUAUUCCUGCGAGUCAAUAUGAUAUCUGUCCUACAGUUGCUCCGCAACUUCAACUCGACAACUGGAACACAAGAUUGCGCGACAUGGACAGUGCGAUCCUUUAUGUCACCAUCGAAAACUUCACAAGCUCCUUCAACAAUGGUUUGGACGAGCUGGAUGACGAUCACGACCUAUGCCUGGCAUCAAUGCAACGUACCGUGGAUGCUAUAGAGGAGCAGUAUGUCGCCUUCUUCUUUGUACAUCCGCGUGUCUUGCCAGAUGCUGUUGCAACCUCAAUUCCCGAAUCAUAUCUCAAUCAGCAGAAGGAGUCGUAUCAUAUUUACCUGGCGGCUGUUCGUCCAGACACGCGUGGUCGAGGAUUAUUUCAACUGCUUCUGGAUACGACGAUAGUGAAGGCUAGGCUGUUUCCCAAGGAUGUAUAG